AUGACUAACCCACAAGACAAUCUUGGAACUCAUACACCACCAUUUCCCUCACAUUCAACCAUACCUCCUCCACCUAGUACAUCGUCAAAACCUAGACUGCGUAGGGUGAAAAUGCUUGCUCAAAAGACUGUAGCAUCUGGGGCUCUGAGGAAGAAAUUAAAUAAAAAUUUGAAGGGAAGCCAGGCCCAAAUCUCCAGCUCCAGCUCUGAUUCUAAAUCAUAUCAAUCCGCUACUGAGGGGGAAGGACCUGGGUCUUCUGACUCUGAAAAGACUCAAGAAUAUCCAUUUAAGGAAAUUUCUUCUGAGAAUCUAGAAUCUAGGUUUACUCAGGUUGGAUAUGUUAAGGAUGUAGAAGUACCAGGGUCAGAAAGGAGUGGAGAAAGGGUAGAAGAGAGUGGCAUGAAGUCAGGGAGAAGUGGUUCUGGGGAAGCUACUGAGGGAACUCCCACAACAAAAGCCCCUAAUGUUCCUAAGCCUUCCAAGAAAAGAAUGGCUUCCUCCCCAACACCUAUUGCCUCUUCACUACCAAGGGGUAUAGCCAAAAGAAGCAGGGUGAAACUGAGUGAAGUUGAUCUACAAAGGGCUUUAAAAGAGAAUAAGAAAAAGAAAAUGGAUAAAGGAAAAGGAAAGAUUGCAGAACCCUCAGAGGCUAUUGAGGAAGAGGAGAUGGAACUGGUCCAUAAAGAAAGGGGUACAUCAGUUGAGGUUCCUACCCCCAAACCUAAAAAGCCCAAAACCUCCUCUAAGAAGUCUUCCUCUGUGUCUGAGGCCGGUGAACCUACACUAGCCAAGAAGACAAGAUCUGCAGUGAAAACCAAACAAUCAAAAAUUUCUGAAGAUGAUGACUGGAGUGGAGAAGAAGAAGAAGAAAAUGAUUCUGAGAAGGAAUAG